AUGUUUUUUAAAGUGGUGAUCAUAGUGACGAGUGCGGACGCGGAGGGUGCGGACGGCGGAGCAGAGGGGGGCCGCGCUCGCGCCGCUCAGGCUGUGCAACACGGCGCGCGCCUGCGCAGGAAGCUCCAGCGCAGGCUCACGCGUCAAGCUAUCGCUGAGGCCAAAGCCAUCAAGGAACAGAUACAUGUGCUUGCUUAUGUCGCCGAACUA